UGCAUCUCACAUAAAGUCAUCCGCAGCGACCGAAAAUACCAGUGGACACAUCGCCAUGCUCAUUUUUACGUCGCCCGACAUCGUCAACGGCAGCUUCGUGCUCGCCGUCGCCCGCAAGAGUCCUGGCACCUACCUUGUCGUUCUUGCUCGCGCAUACGGCAUGGCUGCCACUCACCUAUACACUGUCCUCAACAGCUCUACACCGCGGUCGACCGUACCUCCUCUCUCUUCUGCCGGCCGCCCCCUGAUCUGGCUCGACGCAGACCUCGACCGUCACCCGGCACAGCUCGGACCCCCAAACGGCGUUCUGGCCGCUCUGCGCGCCGCAGACUCGGAGAUCAUACGACCCACGGGGCGCACGCAACGCAUGCACGCGGAGCUAGGCGGGGAGCGUGACGCGCACGAAGUUGAGCUCAUACUUGACGAGGACCAGCUCGCGCGUUGCUGCUGGUACUGCGACGCGCUCGAACUCGAUUCAGAUGUCCGCGAUAACUAUAGGUUCCCUCUCUGUGGCGAAGAAGGCUAUACAAGCACCUACAUGUGCCAGACGUGCGCCCAGAAAUCAGCGUUCGCCAGAGCCAUCUCCAGCUUCUUGCGCUCGCUCUCAUAAUUAUACAGUUAUGGUUUCUGUACUCUAUCGGUUAUCAUGGCUGUUUGUGGUGCUACCACGGCUUUCCAUUGACAACGUCCGCGCUUCCUCGCUGGCGUGAAUACAAGUACAG